AGAUCCCCUAGUAUGUCCCCCAAUAAUUCCCCCAAUAUAUUCCCAAGUAACUUCCCCAGUGUGCUCCCCUGGAUGGCACACAUUGGAGGGGAGCUGCUACUGGGUUUCUUUUGAGCAAAGCACCUGGUUUGAUGCUAGGACCAUGUGUGGGUUGAACGGCGCGGAUCUCGUGAUUGUCAAUGAUGAAACAGAACUGAGUUUCUUGUCUGGUCUUGUGGGAACAAGCAGCACAUGGAUCGGCUUGCAAGUCAAUCACAAUGUCUACUCUCAGGCUCUGGUGUGGGUGGAUGGAAGCAUCAUGACCUAUAGACCCAAUCAUUUUCUUUACUAUGGGACCAGUGAGGACAGCUGCAUGUACAUGAAGUCAAGUGCGUACUACUCAAGCAUUUGCUACCAAAACUAUGGUUGGAUCUGUGAGAAGAAGUCAGAAAAAAUGUCCUACUUGCAUGCAUAAGUAAAAAUUUUGCCAAGAAAUCUUCCACUUAUUUUAUGUAGAGACUUAUUCCAACCCUAACAUUAGUAAUAAUCAUUAAUCAUUGGGUGUUUAAUGUCUGUUUUAACAAUGCUUUUUGUCAUUGCAGAAAGUAACUGUAGACCUUUUAUAAAUGUUUUUGUCUGUUAUACUUUUUUCUGAAUCAUAAGCUGUUUUGAUAAUAGGUAAUUGCUGGCCCACGUCUAAUCAAAAAUAUUUGUUAAAAAAUAUGGAAAAGUUCAACACAAAAUAUUCUUUUGAUAUCAUUUAGAACAAAGACUAAAUUAGACGUUCCUCAAGAUUCUACUCUCAAGCCACUUUUAUUUAUUAGGUUAUUCUCAAUUUCAGUUUGUAUUUUAGUGAAACAUAAAAAUGGCUACUUACAGUCACUGAGUCGGUGUAUCCAUGACAUGAGAAGGUUGAUGGAAUAAAAUGUCCUACAGCUUUAUGCAAAAUAGACACAAAUCUGGUUGCCUUCAACCUAAGCCUGUUGUAGAAGACAUAACUCAGAUGACUGAAAAUAAGGUCAGGCAAAGAAACAAAAAACAAUGAAACAAACAGAACCCAGAAGUAAUUGUUUUUGGUUCUUAAAAUAAGCACCCACCUGUCCAGGAAACCUAGUCCUGCAGAGGUUCUUGUGUCUGUUACUAGUUCAGACUAUCAGACUAUAAUCAUUUUUUUAAUGCUAUGCUUAAAUUUAACAAUUGUUCCUGUUUUUUUUGUUUGUUUUUUAAAUCUUGUUUUAAAUACAUUUUUAACACUGUUCAAUCAUUUGUCUGUUCAGAACUUUGAAUCACCUUGUGUCUUUGAUAGAUUCCAACUGCAAUUAUCACUAUUACGUGAAUAUAUGAACCUUUGGCUGUCAAACUCUUUUAAUAAACAAAUUCCUGCACAAAAUAUGCACCAGAAAGAAAAUCUUAAAUGCAGAGUCGAAACGUGUCAAGUUAUUGUGUUAUUGGUUGCUGUCCACUAGAGGGUGCUGUUGUGUAGUUUUACUUAAUACUUCUAGGAUUCAAACAGAGAAAGCAAAAUCCCUGCACCUUUUUCAUAAAUAUCACACAAUGCUUGUAUUUUAAUUGGCUGUAUCACAAACUCAAACUGUUUUCUUCUGUUCUUUCAGUCUUCACUGCAACAUACCUUAAUUAACAGUUUCGACUCUUCUCUUGCUUAUGUAAUCAUAACACUGUUGAUACAUUUUCCUACUGAAAUAUAUGAGAUAAUAAACACUUUGAAUGCA